ACAGGAGAAAUUGACUUCAUGGCUUCUGGAAAGAAGCGGGGAAAGUUUAUCAAGGUCCCAUGUGACAUCCAUCCUGGAGUUAUAUUUGAUGUCAUGAGUAACAAAUGGAACCUUCCUGCUCCCAACCUGGUUGUCUCUUUAGUUGGAGAAGAAGAAAACUUCCAGAUGAAACCUUGGUUACAUGACACCUUAAGGAAAGGCCUGGUCAAGGCCACCCAAAGCACUGGUGCAUGGAUCUUCACCAGUGCCUUGCGUGUUGGAAUAACAAAACAUAUAGGACAAGCAGUCCGAGAUCACAUGUUGGCAAGUACUUCAUCCACAGUCAAAGUGGUUGCCAUAGGAAUAACUUCACUGGAAAAAAUUCAGCAGAGAGAACUUCUAGAUAAUGUUAAGAAUGACAGUCUUAUAAGCUACAAGUCUGACCAUCAUGUUCAAUGCCCCCCAUAUUCCCUUGACAACCAUCAUUCUCAUUUCAUUUUGGUGGACGAAAAGGAUCCAAAUGAGCCAGAUGGGACAACAAGGCUGCGUCUCACCUUGGAGAAACAUAUUUCAGAACAACGCACUGGCUAUGGAGGAACAGGUAGCAUUGAAAUCCCUGUGCUCUGCUUACUUGUGAAUGGAAGACCUCAAAUACUUGAGCGAAUUUGCAGGGGAUUGGAAAAUUCUGCCCCUUGGCUCAUUUUGGCUGGAUCUGGUGGCAUAGCUGAUAUCCUAGCUGCGGUAAUGAAUGAGCCACACUUAAUUGUGCCACAGCUGGUAAAAAAACUAUUAAAAGAGAAAUUGCCCACAGAAGAUUUCUUGUGGAAGGACAUUCUUCAGUGGACUGAAGUAAUCCAAAGCAUUGUUGCCCAGCAGCAACUUCUGACAGUACAUAACUUUGAACAAGAAGGUUCAGAAGAACUGGAUACAGUCAUUUUGAAAGCUCUGGUUAAAGCCUGUAAGAGUCAUAGUCAGGAAGCUCAAGAAUACCUGGAUGAACUGAAGCUGGCUGUGGCCUGGAACAGAGUGGACAUAGCGAAGAGUGAAAUAUUCAACGGAGAUGUUGAAUGGAAGUCAUGUGACCUGGAGGAAGUGAUGAUGGAUGCCCUGGUGAAUGAUAAGCCAGAAUUUGUCAAGUUAUUUAUUGAUAACGGGGCCAACAUGUAUGACUUCCUGACCUACAGCCGGCUUCAGAGACUCUACUGUACCAUCUCGCCAAAGUGUCUCCUCUAUACACUUCUGCUUAAAAAACAUGAAGAAAACAAACUCACUUUGGCAGGGAUGAGUGGUCAACAGCACAAGGAAGUGACGGAUACUUGCCUGCUCUUUACACUUCAUGAAGUUUCCAGGGUGCUGAAGGAUUUUCUUCAUGAUGCUUGCAGAGGUUUCUACCAAGACCCAAAGUCUGGAGGCAAAAAGAAAGCUGAUAAGAUACACAUGAAAAGGUUACCAGGCUCUUUGGAUAUGAAUCAGAAAAGUGAAAAUCCUUGGAGAGAUCUGUUCUUAUGGGCAGUACUUCAAAACCGGCACAAGAUGGCGUACUACUUCUGGGCUAUGGGUCAGGAAGGUGUAGCUGCAGCUCUGGUUGCUUGUAAAAUCGUCCGAGAGAUGUCCCACCUGGAGACAGAAGCAGAAGUAGUGCGCGGAAUGAAAGAGGCCAAAUAUGAACAGCUUGCUGUGGAACUGUUCAGUGAAUGCUACCACAAUAGUGAAGACCGAGCUUUUGCCUUGCUGGUGAGAAGAAAUCGGUAUUGGAGCAAAACUACUUGUCUUCACUUGGCCACAGAAGCAGAUACCAAGUCUUUCUUUGCACAUGAUGGGGUACAGGCUUUUCUGACAAAAAUUUGGUGGGGAGAUAUGGCAAAAUCCACCCCGAUCUUGAAGCUCAUCUGUGGAUUCGGGUGUCCUCUCCUGAUCUAUACUAAUUUGAUAUCAUUCAGUGAGGAAAUACAAUCAAUGCAGGAGCCAGAAUCAUUUAAAGACCUUGACAGCCCGGAUACUGAAAGGACAUUGCUUUUUCCCAAGGAAGCGGAGAGGGGAGAUGCCAAACUAGAAACACAACUUACUUCUGAAAAUAUAGCAUGUGCAGCAUUUGUGUUUACACGGUGGAAGAAAUUCUGGACUGCUCCAGUCACAGUAUUUAUGGGGAAUGUUAUCAUGUACUUUGCUUUUCUGUUUCUGUUUGCCUGUGUCCUCUUAAUGUAUUUUGAACCACCCCCACCUAAAGGUCCAUCCAUCCAGGAGAUCAUACUUUACUUUUGGGUUUUUACGUUGGUCUUGGAAGAAAUCCGACAGAGUUUUUUCACUGAUGAAGAUAUGAAUUUAAUAAAAAAAUUCAAACUAUAUGUAGAAGACAACUGGAACAAGUGUGAUAUGGUGGCCAUCUUUUUGUUCAUCAUUGGAGUCACCUGCAGAAUGUUUUAUUCAACUUUUCAAGAUGGCCGUACAAUACUAGCUAUUGAUUUUAUGGUGUUCACUCUCAGACUGAUUCAUAUUUUUGCCAUUCAUAAGCAACUGGGCCCAAAGAUUAUCAUUGUGGAGAGAAUGAUGAAGGAUGUCUUCUUCUUCCUUUUCUUCCUGAGUGUGUGGCUCAUUGCCUAUGGUGUGACCACACAAGCCUUGCUCCAUCCAAAGGACAAACGAGUGGAGUGGAUCUUCAGAAGGGUGCUCUAUCGCCCCUAUCUUCAAAUAUUUGGACAGAUUCCACUAGAUGAAAUAGAUUCAUCUCGGAUGAAUUCAGGAAACUGCACACCCAGUCUAGAGGAGAACCAUGUGGAGAACAUGUCGUGCCCUAACAUCUAUGCUAAUUGGGUUGUCAUACUUCUACUGGUCAUUUUCCUAUUGGUUACAAAUGUGCUGCUUAUGAAUCUCUUGAUUGCCAUGUUCAGUUACACGUUUCAGGUUGUUCAGGGAAAUGCAGACAUCUUCUGGAAAUUUCAGCGUUACAACCUGAUUGUCGAGUACCAUGGUCGCCCUGCAUUUGCCCCUCCUUUUAUCAUUAUUGACCACAUUAAACUGUUUCUUAGACGAGUCUUUAAGAAGUCGGAGCCCAAAAAAGAGCAUCUGGAAAGAGAUCUGCCAGAAGGUCUGGAUCAAAAAAUAAUAACCUGGGAGGUUCUACAAAAGGAAAACUACCUGGCAAAUCUGGAAACCAAGCAAAAGGAAAGCAAUGAAGAAAGACUAAAGAACAUGUCAGACAAAGUGAACCAUCUUUCAAAGUAUUUUAAUGGUCUGAAAGAGCAAGAAAAACGGCUUGGAUGCUUGGAAUCUCAAAUCAACUAUUGCACAGUUAUCCUUUCCUCAAUGGCAGAUACCUUAACCAAAAACAGCAUCUUUUGCAACCGACCAGCUCUGAACAACGCAUGUUCUGUUAAUACAGACACUCAUCAAAUGCCUGCAUCGGAAAGCAAUGAAGAUGGAGAAAGCACCAAUCAAUUUGAAGAUGACAUAAUGUACAUCGAUAACUAA